AAGAGGAAAAGGGGAAGGAGUAAAGAGGAAAGAAGACUAGGAGAACACUGCAAGGCGACGCACCAGAAACUUUCCACCCUGGAUUCUCUACUUUUGCUCCAUGGACAGAGCCUCAGCCAGCCAAGUUACAGACAGACCGUGAGCAGUCCCUGCGCGUUUUAUUGCGACCUGCCGGUGGGAACUUUGUCUCCGAGUCGGAGCAGCAUGGAGCGGCGGAGCGAGAGCCCGUGUCUGCGGGACAGCCCCGACCGGCGGAGCGGCAGCCCCGACGUCAAGGGGCCUCCCCCGGUGAAGGUGGCCCGGCUGGAGCAGAACGGCAGCCCCAUGGGAGCCCGCGGGAGGCCCAACGGCGCCGUGGCCAAGGCCGUGGGAGGUUUGAUGAUUCCUGUCUUUUGUGUGGUGGAGCAGUUGGAUGGCUCUCUUGAAUAUGACAACAGAGAAGAACAUGCAGAGUUUGUCCUGGUUCGAAAAGAUGUGCUUUUUAGCCAGCUGGUGGAGACCGCGCUCCUGGCCCUGGGGUACUCCCACAGCUCCGCAGCUCAGGCACAAGGAAUAAUCAAGCUGGGGAGGUGGAACCCUCUCCCUCUCAGCUAUGUGACAGAUGCCCCCGACGCAACAGUGGCCGACAUGCUGCAAGAUGUCUAUCAUGUUGUGACGUUGAAAAUCCAAUUACAAAGUUGUUCGAAGUUGGAAGACUUGCCUGCGGAGCAGUGGAAUCAUGCCACAGUCCGCAAUGCCUUAAAGGAACUGCUCAAAGAGAUGAACCAGAGCACAUUAGCCAAAGAAUGCCCUCUCUCCCAGAGUAUGAUUUCAUCCAUUGUAAAUAGCACAUAUUAUGCCAACGUGUCAGCAACCAAGUGCCAGGAGUUUGGGAGAUGGUAUAAGAAGUACAAGAAGAUUAAAGUGGAAAGAGUGGAACGAGAAAACCUUUCAGACUAUUGUGUUCUGGGCCAGCGUCCAAUGCAUUUACCAAAUAUGAACCAGCUGGCAUCCUUGGGGAAAACCAACGAACAGUCUCCUCAUAGCCAAAUCCACCACAGUACUCCAAUCCGAAACCAAGUGCCCGCAUUACAGCCCAUCAUGAGCCCUGGUCUUCUUUCUCCCCAGCUCAGUCCACAACUUGUUAGGCAACAAAUAGCCAUGGCCCAUCUGAUAAACCAACAGAUUGCCGUUAGCCGGCUCCUGGCUCACCAGCAUCCUCAAGCCAUCAACCAGCAGUUCCUGAACCAUCCACCCAUUCCCAGAGCAGUUAAGCCAGAGCCAACCAACUCUUCUGUAGAAGUCUCUCCAGAUAUCUACCAGCAAGUCAGAGAUGAGCUGAAGAGGGCCAGUGUGUCCCAAGCUGUCUUUGCAAGAGUGGCAUUCAACCGCACACAGGGAUUGUUGUCUGAGAUUUUGCGUAAGGAAGAAGACCCUCGGACAGCCUCUCAGUCUCUUUUAGUAAACCUGAGGGCCAUGCAGAAUUUCCUCAAUCUGCCGGAAGUGGAGCGGGAUCGCAUUUACCAGGACGAGAGGGAACGGAGCAUGAAUCCCAAUGUGAGCAUGGUCUCGUCAGCCUCUAGCAGUCCCAGCUCCUCCCGAACCCCUCAGGCCAAAACCUCGACACCGACAACAGACCUCCCCAUUAAGGUGGACGGCGCCAACGUCAACAUCACAGCUGCCAUUUAUGACGAGAUCCAACAGGAGAUGAAAAGGGCCAAGGUGUCUCAAGCCCUGUUUGCCAAAGUGGCUGCAAAUAAAAGUCAGGGCUGGCUGUGUGAACUGCUCCGCUGGAAGGAGAACCCCAGCCCAGAGAACCGCACACUCUGGGAGAACCUGUGUACCAUCCGUCGCUUCCUGAACCUUCCCCAGCAUGAGAGGGAUGUGAUCUAUGAGGAAGAGUCAAGGCAUCACCACAGCGAGCGCAUGCAGCACGUGGUCCAGCUUCCCCCUGAGCCAGUACAGGUCCUUCAUAGACAGCAGUCUCAGCCAGCCAAGGAGAGUUCCCCUCCCAGAGAAGAAGCUCCACCCCCACCUCCUCCGACUGAAGACAGUUGUGCCAAAAAGCCCCGGUCUCGCACAAAGAUCUCUCUGGAAGCCCUGGGGAUCCUCCAAAGCUUUAUUCAUGAUGUGGGCCUGUACCCUGAUCAGGAAGCUAUCCACACGCUUUCUGCUCAGCUGGAUCUCCCCAAACACACCAUCAUCAAGUUCUUCCAGAACCAGCGGUAUCAUGUGAAGCAUCAUGGGAAGCUCAAGGAACACCUGGGCUCCGCGGUGGACGUGGCUGAGUAUAAGGACGAGGAGCUGCUGACAGAGUCCGAGGAGAACGACAGUGAGGAAGGCUCUGAGGAGAUGUACAAAGUAGAGGCCGAGGAGGAAAAUGCUGAAAAGAGCAAGGCCGCGCCUGCUGAAAUCGACCAGAGAUAAUGUGAACUCCUACCAGGCAAAGCAAUACAUCGGUCCAAGGAUUUUCUGUUUUAAUUUCUUUAAAAACUUUUU